AUGAAGGGCGGCAUCGUUGGCGUGCUUUGCGGCGCGCUCCUCCUUGCCGUUGAGGCUGCAUGCGCCCCCAACUCGGACGCCAUCACAAAGGUACCUGGCUUCAAGCCAAACAAGUGGGUGGCCAGAACCUGGGAGGGAAACAACUACGCCUGCAAAUGUCAUCCUGGCGACUACUGCUGGCCCAAGCAAAACCACUGGGAUAACCUCAACCGCACCGUUGGCGGCAACCUUCGCGUCAACCUGCCCCCAGGAGCUCCUUGCUACAACACCUUCCAAGGCCCUCUCGGAACCGUCAACACGUACGAUGCCGCCAAGUGUGCUGCCGUGACCGCCGGGUUCCCCAAUGAACAGUUCCAAAUCGAGCUGCCCACCGCUGGCCUCUGGACCUACUUCACCAAUGACACCUGCCGCCCUACCGCUGAUCCCACAGGCAGCUGCACGCUGGGCUACUAUCCUGUCCUGUACAUCACAGCCAAGACCGUUGCCCACAUCCAAGCGGGUAUCAACUUCGCCAGAAACAACAACUUGCGCCUCGUCAUUCGCAACACUGGACACGACUUCCUUGGACGCAGCGUUGGCUGGGGCUCGCUUGUUAUCAACACUCACAGCUUCAAGAGCAUCAGCACCACCAACAACUGGAAUGGCCCUGGCUACAACGGCCCCGCCAUCACUGUGGGAGCGGGUGUGCAAGCCUUUGAGGCUCUUGCCCGCCUGAACUCGCUUUCCCCUCCUCGAAUUAUGGUGACGGGCGAGUGCGCUACUGUUGGUGUCGCCGGAGGCCUUGUGCAGGGCGGUGGCCAUGGCCCCUUGACCAACUUCUACGGAUUCCUUGCCGACACGGCUGUUCAGUUCAAGGUCAUCACGGCCGAUGGCAAGAUCCAAACUGCCAAUGCCAACACCAACUCGGACCUGUUCUGGGCCCUCAAGGGAGGUGGUCCCGCCGCCUUUGCUGUCAUCACCGAGGCUACCUACAAGACCUUUGCCGACACCCCAAGCGCCGGCAUCAACCUCGAUAUCAACCCCGGCACCAACUCCGAUCCUGCUCUUUACUGGGAGGCCGUCCGCAAGUUCCACAGCUACAGCACCCAUUUUGUUGACAACGGCCUUUAUGUUUACUACGAAAUCGGCCCCGUCCCCAACACUCUCCACGUGCAUCCUAUUGUGGGCGUCAACAAGACCCUCGCCCAGCUGCAGGCUGUUGUCCAGCCCCUCUUUGAUGACCUUGAUGCCCUCGGUGUUGGGUAUACCACCUCCAGCGAGACUUACGGCACCUUUUACGACUUGUACAACGCCAUGUUUGAGAUUGAAAUGGCUGGCAACUCUGCCCUCACCGGUGGUUGGACCAUUGGUCGCCAGGAUGUUAUCAACAACCACACCGCCAUCAUUGACGCUUUCCAGACCGUUAUGAACGCUGGCUCUUUCAUCGUCGGCCACAUGUGGUCUGCUGGCCAUGGCCUCCCUCAGAGCGAGUGGGCCAAGUCCGCCAUCAACCCCCGCUUCCGCAACGUUGUUGACAAGCUUAUUACCAUCGUUCCUGUCUCUGGCGAUGCCCCUCUCGCCGCCAAGGCCGAGGCCCAGAACCGCUUGACCAACAUUGUCGACGGCUCUCUCCGUGCCGCUGCCCCCAACGGCGCUUCCUACAUCAACGAGGCCGAUCCCUUCCAGCCCGACUGGCAGAACGCUUUCUGGGGUACCAACUACCAGCGCCUGCUCCAGAUCAGACGCAAGUACGACCCCGAGGGAGUCUUCUAUGCCGUCUCCACUCCUGGCACCGAGAAGUGGGAGCAGAUUGAGACGGGCACUAGGUUGUGUGUCAAAUUGUAG